AUGGGUAAACUCACUUAUCAAAUACAGGACUUGAUCAAAAUGCGUCAUCACUACUACUAUGAUAUCAAGUUGUAUGAUUUGCACCCACGUCAAAAGAAUAGAAACAAUCGAAAGCAAAAUGCUCGCUUGGUCGCUUUUGACUACACUUUAGGCAGAAUGAUUCCAGUGUCUGCAUUAAUACUUUUACAAUCAGAUCCCCGGAACGCAAGAACGCAAAUGAGUCCUGGAAUGUAUCCGCCAAUCUGGUCGCCACCUUUAUCGUCAAUAUCCAAUAACUUACACCAAGCGGCUCAAUAUGAUUAUCCCUUUCAAGGAGUCGUUGUACCAGUAGUUAACCUCAACCAAAAUAUUACACGGCAAACUCGUUCUUUGCAACCAGAGAGACAUUAUUCAUCCUCUGCUUCUCCCGCUUGGUACAAUAGUCCCAUAAGUCCACCAGCUCCUGCAACAUUGAAGAAACCAAGCGCAGAAAAAACGGUAGAGUUGGCAAAAACAGGCGACGUAAACUCGAGUGACGAAACUUCAAGCGAUGAUAUUUAUAUUCAAAUUCACUCAAGCAGUCCAGAGAAGAGUUGA